AUCAGUAGAGAACAAGCAAUCUGUAUGUUUUACUGUCAGCCCUAUAAUGAAUCAAAUAUCUCUAAACUUUCCAAGUUAAUUGAUAACGUGGAGAAUAUUGAAAUCUGCUAUUCCUAUGACCCCACUGAGCCAAUGCUUAUUUCUCUCAAAACCCUUCACACUAAGUCCUUCAAAUACCAUCAAUAU